AUGGGACUAUAUACCCUUCUCACAGGAAUAAUAUUUUUUCUGAUGACCAUCACAGGAAUUGUUGGAAAUCUACUAGUGCUGGCUGUAUUUUUGCACAGUGCACUCUAUGAUUGCAAGCUGAAGAAAGCAGAGAUAAUCCUGGUAAACCUGGCUGCAUCCAACCUUCUUGUAUUCCUUACAGGAGGUGUGCCAAACUUCCUAUAUGUGUUUGGAGUAAAAAAUGUCUUCAAUGAUAUAGGAUGCAAACUCAUUGUCUUUAUAUUUAGGGCUUCAAGAGCCUUGACCAUUAUGUUAACUAGUUUCCUUAGCUGUUUUCAAAGUGUUAUUAUUUGCACAAGUAGUCUAAGCUGGGUCCCUGUAAAGCAAAUAUUACAAACAUAUGUUGUUCACAUCAUUAGUUUUCUCUAUACCUUAAGCACGACUUUAAGCAUAAACCUCAUAGUUUUUACAUCAUCUCACAACAAUUCCAGUAUUCCAAAAUAUAGUUUCACUUUAGGGUACUGCAUAGUUGUCCAUCCUGACCAGAUCACCAUGCAGGGCACAGGUUACUUCAUUUUGGCACGGGACCUACUGUUUGUAAUCCUUAUGGCUUCUUCAAGUGCUUAUAUUUUAUUUGUCCUUUACAGGCAUGCAAGGAAAGCAAAAGAAAUCAGAAGCCAUGAUCCAAGUUCAAAACCUGCUGCGGAAAGCCAUGCAGCAAAAACUGACGUUGUUGAAAACAUGGCGGGGGUGCAUGCUUCGUCUGUGAAGCAAAUUAUUUCUAUGGCACCCCUUCCUGUGUAUGGAUGUAUUCAACAUACCAUUGGACAUUCUACAUAUCUCAACAUCCAGAAAAGAAAUGUUUACACUGGAGAAAUUCAAAGUGAAUUUCAAAAAUUCCGUGGUCAUAUCAAGGCAUCUUCUCAGAAAUUAACAAGCUUCAUACUUCUUAAAAAGAAGACUAAAAUGGAACUUUAUACCCUUCUCACAGGGAUUUUAUUUUUUCUGCUGGCCAUCACAGGAAUUGUUGGAAAUCUACUAGUGCUGGCUUUGUUUUUGCACAGUGCACUCUACGAUUGCAAGCUGAAGAAAGCAGAGAUAAUUCUAGAACACUUGGCUGCAUCCAGCCUUAUCGUGUGCUUAACUGGAGGUGUGCCAAACUUCCUGCAUGUGUUUGGAGUAAAGAAUUUCAUCAGUGACAUAGGAUGCAAACUUGUUGUCUAUGUAUUUAGGGCUAUAAGGUGCUUGACCAUUAUGUUAACUAGUUUCCUUAGUUGUUUUCAGUGUGUUAUUAUUUGUACAAGUAGUCUAAGAUGGACUUGUGUAAAGCACACCCUACAAAAAUAUAUUGUACCUAUCAUUAGUUUUCUCUAUACCUUAAGCAUGGUACUAAACAUCAACCUUACUUUUUCAUCAUUUUCAUCAGUAUCUUAUAACUCCAGUAUUCCAAAAUAUAGUUUCAGUUUAGGAUACUGCAUUGUUGUUUAUCCUGACCAGACCACCAUGCAGGGAGUAGGAUUCUUCACUUUGGCACGAGACCUACUGUUUGUCAUUGUUAUGGCUUCUACAAGUGCUUAUAUCUUAUUUGUCCUUUACAGGCAUGCCAGGAAAGCAAAAGAAAUCAGAACCCAUGAUCCAAGCCCAAAACCUGCUGCGGAAAGCCAUGCAGCAAAAACUGUGAUUACAUUAGUCACCUUGUAUGUCUCCUUAUUUGGGAUUGAUAGUCUGAUCUGGUUUUAUCAGUUAACAAUUGCCAAAGAAGUCCUGCGUAUCAUAACAGAUAUCCGUUAUUUCUUUUCAAUGUGUUAUACAUCCCUGUUUCCUUUUGUGAUCUGUAUCCUAAAUCCUAAAGUUAGAGGAAAGCUCCAGCAUUCUAUACCACAGCAUGAUGCAAAGAUCCAGGAAGUUGCUGAUUGCAGCCAUGAUCCAAUUACACAUGAAACAAUAGCCAGAGAUUGA